AUGAGAGUCUCUGUUAAAGGCGAUUCUGAUGCAGGAAAAUGGAGCAGAACAAGACCUGAACCCCAAGGUCCUUCAAAGGCUCCCAAGCUUUGCGCCAAUAGCUGUGGGUUCUUUGGAACAGCAACAACAAUGAACUUAUGUUCCAAGUGCCACGAUGACUUCAUUUUAAAGCAAGAACAUGCUAAAAUGGCUUUAUCAAUAUGCUGCGUGUGUUAUGAACGUUUUCUCUCUGUUGACACCACAAGCAAUGCUGUCAUCGCUGUUGCUGUAGAUCCACCAGCUACUUCAGCAGUGCCAUUGAUUAGCUCAAUACCGGCAUUGUCUGCAGCUGCUUCCAGUACCGAUCACACAAAAUCUUUUCUGCGCGCAAUUCAUCACUACCCAGACAAACAUAAUUGCUCCAGUGACUAUCGAUCUGCUGGUCAAGAUGCCAUUGCCAAGGCAAAUCCCAUUGUUAAGGCUGAAAAGCUUGAUAAAAUCUGA